AUGGGCAAGAUCAUUGUCCUGGGCGACAUCAAUGGCCAGCUCUCUGAUGCUUUCGGGAAGUUGGCAAAACUCCACACCAAGCAGUCCUUCUCCUUCGCUAUCAUCGCUGGCAACCUCUUCAACGAUCCCACGAACACCACCGACAACGAGCGAGACCAGCUCGUCAAACUCCUCAAUGGCGAGAUCGAAGUUCCGUUGACCACCUAUUUCUCCCUCGGCAACAGACCAUUGCCAACCGUAGUCACUGAGAGACUCACGAAUGACGAAGGCGAACUCUGUCCUAACCUCUUCGUUCUCGGCCGCAAAGUCUCUGUGAAGACUUCUGACGGCUUCAAGCUUGUGGCGAUCGGCGGCGCACAUGCCACGAGUCUCGACGAUCAGAUGAAUGAGUACGUGGCAACUUACACUGACAAGUACGUCCAAAGUGCCAGGGACUUCAAAGACGCGGACAUCCUCAUCACAAGUGACUGGCCUGCUGGUGUUCUUCGAGGAUCCAAGCUCACAUUCGACAACCCUCCGUCAAGCAAUCCAAGUCUGGGCGAUCUCGUCGCCACACUGAAGCCACGGUAUCACUUCUCAGCUUCUCACGCUUCAUAUGAGCGUGAGCCCUUCUUUCACGAGGGACCACCGCCACGAUCAGUGACGCGAUUCAUCAGCUUGGCUCCACUAAACAACGAUCACAAGCACAAGGCACUUUACGCCUUUUCUCUUGAGCCUUCUGCUCCACCACCCGAUCACAUCACGGACUGUACAGCAUCGCCUUUCAUUAUGAACAAUCUCAAACGCCCGCGCGAGUCGCAAGAAGACAGCCACGAUUAUAUGCGGUUCUCCGAUCGCAACGGUGCUGGCUAUCAUGACCAAGACCGACGACCUCAGAAGAAGAAUCGGUAUCGAAAGGACGAGCCCCGCGAGUGCUACUUCUGCCUCGCCAAUCGAAGUGUUGAAGCCCAUAUGAUCACAUCGAUUGGAGAAGACGCCUACAUGACCAUCGCAAAGGGUCCGCUCAGCACUGCGCAGACGUUCCCCGUCCUCCAGCACCCCUGCCACAUGCUUAUCAUACCCAUGGAGCAUGCCGCUACCUUCACGACGUUCGAGAACGAGGAGAACGCCAAGAAGGCUAAGGCUGAGAUGCAGCGGUAUCGUGACUCGCUGCACUCACUCAUCACUGCAAAGUCGUCGACUGGCGAGGAGGGAGAGGCGCAGCUGGGUGCAGUCACUUUCGAGAUCAACAGAGACGAGGGCAGGCACUUGCAUUGGCAAUUUCUUCCAAUGCCAGCCGACCUCGUUAAGAAGAGCAUGAUCGAAGUAGCUUUCGACGUGGAGGCAGAGAACCUCAAGUACCCGAAGUUCGCCAAGACACCAGAAGAUAUCGCAGCUGCAGAGGAGGGCGACUUUUUCAAGGCCAUGAUCUGGUCCGAGUCUGGAGAGAAGGAGAUCGUCUUGCCACUGCCGAAGAGUCUACGAUUCGACUUUCAGUUCGGGAGGAGAGUCCUGGGCAAGCUGCUUGGUUUGGAGAAGCGCACUCAUUGGAUGGACUGUGUGCAGCCCCAUGACCAGGAGUCUGCAGAUGCAGAGGCUUUCAAGGAGAUUUUCAAGACAUACGACUUCUCGCUCGUCGAGGGCGAGGAUGAGACUUGA